UAAAGAUGUCAGCACUCUGAAGUACUUCACCAUCUGUGGCCUGCAGGAAGGCUAUGAGCCAUUCGCCGUCAAUAUGAACCGGGAUGUAACCAUGUGGCUCAGCAAGAGGCUGCCUCAGUUUGUGCCUGUGCCCCCCAACCACCAACACAUUGAGGUGACCAGGAUGGAUGGAACAGUGGAGUUGUGUCCCUGUCUUAAGGUCACCCAGAGGUCAUUUGGUUCCCAGAACAGUUACAAUGACAUCACUUUCUACAGGCUGAGCAUGCCUAUAGAGUGCGCUGAAUCCAGAUCCCCAUCUUAUGACAGCCUGUUCUCACCGAAGAGGGAGCUGGAGGAUUUUGAAACUGUGUCAGACUUUGAAGUCUUGUUGAAGUCAUCUCAUGGUCCCAAUGGUCCCAGUGGACAUGACAGAGAUGAAUUCAACAACCACAAAGACUACACCCAGGAGAAGCCCUCCAAGCUAAAGCAACGGUUCACGCUGAAGAAAAACAAGCCAGACAACAGCUGUCCAUCAUCUGCUCGCCUGUCAGAGGAAGUGGCGGUCGAAGACAGAGAGGGCUAUGAAGUCCUAAUGCAAGCUUCUACAUACUACUACUCAGUGCGGAUCUUCCCUGGUCAGGAGCCCAGCAGUGUGUGGGUCGGGUGGGUUACCUCUGACUUCCAUCAGUAUGACCCAAGCUUUGAGCUGAACAAAGUCCGAACUGUCACAGUUACCUUGGGAGAUGAGAAAGGAAAGGUUCAUGAGAGCAUAAAGCGCAGUAACUGCUACAUGGUGUGGGCUGGAGAGAGCAGCAGCCCAGGACAGGGCAGGAACAAUAACGGCCUGGAGAUCGGUUGCCUGGUGGACACAACAAACGGCCUGCUGUCCUUCACAGCCAAUGGGAAAGAGCUCAGCAUGUACUACCAGGUGGAGCCCAGUACAAAACUGUUUCCUGCUGUUUUUGCCAAGGCCACCAGUCCCAACGUCUUCCAGUUUGAACUUGGCCGGAUUAAGAAUGUGAUGCCUCUGUCAGCCGGUUUGUUUAAAAGUGAGAGGAAGAACCCAGCUCCCCAGUGUCCCCCGCGCCUCCAUGUCCAGUUUCUCACUCCAGUGUUAUGGAGCCGUGUUCCCAACCACUUCCUCAAGGUUUCAGCUUCCAGAGUGAAUGAUCGACAUGGCUGGCAGGUGCAGUGUAGCGAUCCCCUGCAGUUCAUGUCUCUCCACAUACCUGAGGAGAACAGGUCGGUGGAUAUCCUGGAGCUGUCAGAGCAGAAGGGCUUAUUAAAGUUUCACUACCACACUCUCAGACUGUACUCUGCAAUCUGCGCCUUGGGGAACAAUAGAGUGGCUCAUGCUCUGUGCUCUCACAUCGAUGAGGCCCAGCUCCUACAGGCUAUAGAGAACAAGUACAUGCCAGGUUUGCUUCGUGCGGGCUACUAUGACCUCCUCAUCGACAUCCACCUGAGGAGCUAUGCAACAGCUCGGCUGAUGAUGAAUAAUGAGUACAUUGUGCCCAUGACACAUGAAACAAAAAGCAUCACAUUGUUUCCAGAUGACCUGAAGAAGCAUGGCCUGCCAGGCAUCGGACUCAGCACAUCCCUGAGACCCAGAAUGCACUUCUCCUGUCCAAGCUUUAUACGUGUGACUGAGUCCUCAUGCCAUGACAAUGGAAACAGUGGACCAGGAAAUUAUUUCCAGUACAGUCCCGAAUUCCCUUUAGAUAUUUUAAAAGUGAAAACUAUUGAGAUGCUGACGGAGGCAGUGCUGGAGGGAAGCAUGCAUGUUCGGGAUCCAGUAGGGGGCAGCACAGAGUUGCUGUUCGUCCCUCUUAUCAAGCUGGUCUACACCAUGCUCAUCAUGGGAAUUUUCCAAAAUGGAGAUCUAAAAAACAUUCUCCAACUCAUUGAACCAUCUGUGUUCUCUGAACCAAGAGACGGGCAGGAAGAGCUUCCCAGAGAGCUGGAGAUGCUGAAGAACGUGGAAACAGCCGGAAGAGGAGAGAAUGGAGGGAGGAACCUGCCGAAGGAAGGGCUGCUGCAGAUGAAGCUGCCAGAGCCCGUUAAACUGCAGAUGUGCCAUGUGCUGCAGUACCUAUGUGACUGCCAGGUGCGCCAUCGUAUCGAGGCGGUGGUGGCCUUCUCCGAUGACUUUGUUGCUUGUCUCCAAGACAACCAGCGCUUUCGCUACAAUGAAGUGAUGCUGGCUCUGAACAUGUCUGCUGCACUCACUGCCAAGAAAACCAAAGAGUUCAGAUCUCCCCCACAGGAACAGAUCAAUAUGCUGCUGAACUUCAAGGAUGACAAGCAGGAAUGUCCCUGUCCGGAAUAUAUCCGGGAGCAGCUACUGGACUUCCAUGAAGAUCUGAUGAGACACUGUGAGCUGGACGAGGAGAGAGGAAUAGAUGGGGACAGUGAUUUCACCAUUCGAGGUCGUCUCAUGUCGCUGGUGGAGAAGGUGUCCUACCUGAAGAAGAAGAUGGGCAGCCUGCCCAAGGAAAAAAAGGACAGGAAACCCAGUACCUUACAGCAGCUUAUCUCUGAUACAAUGGUCCGCUGGGCUCAGGAGUCGGUUAUAGAGGAUCCAGAGCUAGUGAGAGCCAUGUUUGUCCUUCUACACCGCCAGUAUGAUGGCAUUGGAGGACAGGUUCGAGCUCUUCCUAAAGCCUACACUAUCAACUCCGUUUCCAUAGAGGACACCAUCAACCUGCUGGCUGCCCUGGGUCAGAUCCGCUCUCUGCUGAGCGUCCGGAUGGGCAGAGAGGAGGAAAAGCUGAUGAUCAGAGGGCUUGGUGAUAUAAUGAACAACAAGGUGUUCUACCAGCAUCCCAACCUGAUGAGAGCUCUGGGCAUGCAUGAGACGGUCAUGGAGGUCAUGGUUAACGUUCUCAGUGGAGGAGACUCCAAGGAAAUCACCUUUCCUAAAAUGGUGGCCAACUGUUGUCGGUUUUUGUGCUACUUCUGCCGAAUCAGCCGCCAGAACCAGAAGGCCAUGUUUGACCAUCUGAGCUAUUUGCUGGAGAACAGCAGCGUAGGCCUUGCCUCUCCUUCCAUGCGUGGAUCCACUCCUCUGGACGUGGCUGCAGCAUCAGUCAUGGAUAACAAUGAACUGGCUCUAGCUCUAAGAGAACCAGAGCUGGAAAAGGUGGUGCAGUAUCUGGCUGGCUGUGGGCUGCAGAGCUGUGUAAUGCUGGUGCAUAAGGGAUACCCAGACAUCGGCUGGAACCCUGUGGAGGGGGAGCGCUACCUGGACUUUCUGCGUUUUGCUGUCUUCUGCAAUGGGGAGAGCGUGGAAGAGAACGCCAACGUUGUGGUGAGGCUUCUUAUUCGCCGGCCUGAAUGUUUUGGCCCCGCUCUUCGAGGUGAAGGCGGUGAUGGCUUGCUUGCAGCAAUGGAGGAAGCCAUCAGAAUCUCUCAGGAUCCUUCCAGAGACGGGCCAUCUCCGGUGUCUGAGAGCAGCAGAACACUUGACAUGCUGGAUGAAGAGGAGGAUGAUACCAUCCACAUGGGCAAUGCCAUUAUGACCUUCUACUCUGCACUUAUUGAUCUGCUGGGCCGCUGUGCUCCAGAGAUGCAUCUGAUCCAUGCUGGCAAAGGUGAAGCCCUCCGCAUCAGAGCCAUUUUAAGGUCCCUGAUUCCCAUCGAAGACCUGGUGGGAGUCAUCAGCAUCCCCUUCUCCAUGCCCAACCUGGCUAAAGAUGGGACAGUUGUGGAGCCAGACAUGUCAGCAGGUUUCUGUCCAGACCAUAAAGCAGCCAUGGUCCUUUUCCUGGACCGGGUCUAUGGUAUAGAAGACCAGAAUUUCCUCCUCCACCUUCUUGAGGUUGGAUUCCUGCCAGAUCUCAGAGCUGCUGCCUCUCUGGAUACUGCUGCCCUCAGUGCCACAGAUAUGGCCCUGGCCCUCAACAGGUACCUGUGUACAGCGGUGCUGCCCCUCCUCACCAAAUGUGCUCCUCUGUUUGCGGGGACUGAGCCGUUCGCCUCUCUGAUCGACUCCCUCCUCCACACGGUGUACCGCCUGUCCAAAGGCUGCUGCCUUACCAAAGCUCAGAGGGAUGCUAUAGAGGAGUGUCUGCUGGCUGUUUGUGGUAAGCUGAGGCCUUCAAUGAUGCAGCACCUGCUGAGGAGGCUGGUGUUCGACGUUCCCCUGCUGAAUGAACACACCAAGAUGCCUCUGAAGCUGCUGACCAAUCACUAUGAGCGCUGCUGGAAGUAUUACUGCCUGUCUGGAGGCUGGGGCAGCUUUGGAGUGGCUUCAGAUGAAGAGCUUCACCUCUCCAGGAAACUGUUCUGGGGAAUAUUUGAUGCUCUGUCCUGCAAGCGUUAUGACCAGGAGCUGUUUAAGCUGGCACUGCCAUGUCUGAGCGCGGUGGCUGGUGCUCUUCCUCCAGACUACAUGGAGUCCAACUACAUGGCCCUGAUGGAGAAACAGUCCUCCAUGGAUUCAGAGGGAAACUUCAACCCACAACCUGCAGACACCACUAAUGUAACUGUUCCUGAAAAGCUGGACUAUUUUAUAACCAGAUAUGCUGAGCACAACCAUGAGAGGUGGUGCAUAGAGAAGUUUUCCCAUGGCUGGACAUAUGAAGAACACCUGUGUGAGAGCAGUAAGACCCAUCCCCUGCUGAAGCCGUACAAAGCUCUGUCUGAGAAGGACAAGGAGGCGUACUGCUGGUCUGUCAGAGAGUCUCUGAAGACGAUGCUGUCAUGGGGCUGGAGCAUCGACAGAAGCAGAGAGGGAGACACCGCCACCCUCCACAACAAAUCCAGACGGAUAUCACAGGCCAGCCAGCUGUCUUUUGAAGGAGCUCCAGCUUUCAGCCCAAGACCUGUUGACAUGAGCAAUGUUACACUGUCCAGAGAUAUGCAGUCUAUGGCUGAGCUGCUUGCUGAAAAUUAUCAUAAUAUCUGGGCAAGACAAAAGAAAAUGGAGCUAGAAGCUAAAGGUGGAGGAAGACAUCCUCUUCUAGUUCCCUAUGACACGCUGACUGCCAAAGAGAAAUCCAAGGACCGAGAAAAAGCUCAAGACAUUCUCAAGUUUCUCCAGAUCAACGGUUACAUCGUAUCCAGAGGAAAGAAGUCUCCAGAGCUGGACACUCCAGCAAUUGAGAAGAGGUUUGCCUACACCUUCCUCCAGAAGCUCAUCACAUAUGUAGACCAGGCUCAUCAGCAUAUGAUGGAGUUUGAUGUGGGAGCAAAGCUGAAAGGAGGAAAGAUUCCUCAUGAACAGCAAAUAAAGUUCUUUGGAAAGGUUGUUUUGCCGUUGGUGGAUCAGUACUUUAAAAACCACAGGCUGUACUUCCUGUCCACAGCCAUUCAUCCAAUCAGCAGUGGAGGCCAUGCCUCAAAUAAGGAGAAGGAGAUGGUGACUAGUCUUUUUUGCAAACUUGGAGUUCUUGUCAGACAUAGGAUAUCCUUGUUCGGGAACAAUGCAACAUCAAUCGUCAACUGUCUGCAGAUACUAGGACAGAGUCUAGAUGCCAGGACAGUAAUGAAGACUGGGCUGGAGUCAGUGAAGGCAGCUCUGUGGUCCUACUUUGAUAGUGUGGCAGAAGAUUUGGAGAAAACUCAGGAGAACCUGAAGCUGGGCCAGUUCACCCACUCCAGAGAGCAACCACGUGGCGUCACUCAGAUCAUCAACUACACCACCUUCGCCCUGCUGCCGGUGCUCUCCUCCCUGUUUGAGCACAUCGGGCAGAACAUGUUUGGAGAGGACCUAAUGUUGGAUGAAGUCCAGGUCUCCUGCUACAGAAUACUGAAUAGUCUCUACUUCCUGGGAACCAACAAAAGUAUCUAUGUGGAGAGACAGCGGCCAGCUUUAGGAAAGUGUUUAGCUGCCUUCUCAGCAGCCUUCCCUGUCGCCUUCCUGGAGCCACAGCUCAACAAGUUUAACGGCUUCUCCAUUUACAACAAAGCAAGCAAAGACAGGACAGCUUUGGGUCUGCCAGGGCCAGUUGGGGAGGUGUGUCCUUUGGUUCCAAACCUCGAAAAGUCUCUGGAGGAAAUCAUGGAGCUGGCUGAGUCUGGCAUGAAGUAUACUCAGAUGCCUCAUGUAAUGGAGGUAGUGUUGCCCAUGUUGUGCAGCUAUAUGUCGCAUUGGUGGGAGCAUGGACCAGAAAGCAAUCCUGACAAGGACGACAGCUGCUGCACAUCUGUUACCUCUGAGCACAUGAAUACACUGCUGGGAAACAUUCUGAAAAUCAUCUACAACAACCUGGGAAUCGACGAGGGCGCCUGGAUGAAAAGACUGGCUGUCUUUUCCCAGCCAAUCAUCAGCAAAGCUAAAGCCCAACUAUUACACACACACUUCCUGCCUCUCAUGGAUAAACUCAAAAAGAAAGCUGCAGUGGUUCUGACAGAUGAGGAGCAGAGCAGGGCUGAAGGGAGAGGUGAGAUGUCUGAGACAGAGCUCCUCAUCAUGGAUCAGUUCACCAUACUGGUCAGAGACCUGUAUGCUUUCUACCCUCUUCUCAUACGAUUUGUGGACUACAACAGAGGAAGAUGGCUAAAAGAGUCCAACCCAGAGGCAGAAGAGCUGUUCAGAAUGGUGGCUGAAGUUUUCAUAUUUUGGGCCAAGUCUCAUAACUUCAAGAGAGAAGAGCAGAAUUUUGUGGUCCAGAAUGAAAUCAACAACAUGUCAUUCCUUAUCUCUGACACCAAGUGCAAGAUGUCAAAGGGUAUAGUUUCAGACCAGGAGAGGAAGAAGAUGAAGAGGAAGGGUGAUCGGUACUCGACUCAGACCAGUUUGAUUGUGGCCACGCUGAAACGCCUGCUGCCUGUGGGACUGAACAUCUGUGCUCCAGGAGAACAGGAGCUCAUCGCCCUGGCUAAGAACCGAUUCACACAGAAAGACACGGAGGAUGAGGUUCGAGAGAUCAUCAGGAACAAUCUCCAUUUACAAGGGAAGCUGGAAGAUCCAGCAAUUCGCUGGCAGAUGGCUUUGUACAGAGACCUGCCCUACCACUAUGAGGACGCAUCGGACCCAGAAAAGACUGUGAAAAGAGUCCUGGACAUUGCUCAUGUCCUCUUCCACCUAGACCAGGUAGAGCAUCCUCAGCGCAGCAAGAAGGCUGUAUGGCAUAAACUGCUGUCCAAGCAAAGGAAGCGAGCCGUGGUUGCUUGUUUCAGGAUGGCACCUCUCUAUAACCUUCCUAGGCACAGAGCUGUGAACUUGUUCUUGCAAGGCUAUGAGAAGUCCUGGAUUGAGGCAGAAGAGCAUUAUUUUGAAGACAAACUCAUCGAGGACCUUGCUAAAGCAGGUGAAAGAGAGCCAUCUGAAGAAGAGGAGGGCAUAAAACACAUCGAUCCACUCCAUCAACUUAUCCAGCUGUUCAGCAGAACAGCCCUCACUGAGAAAUGUAAGCUGGAUGAAGAUAACCUUUACAUGGCGUAUGCUGACAUCAUGGCUAAGAGUUGUCAUGAUGAGGAGGAUGAAGAAGGAGAAGUUAAAAGCUUUGAAGAGAAGGAGAUGGAGAAGCAAAAGUUGCUGUAUCAGCAGGCCCGACUGCACGACCGUGGAGCUGCAGAGAUGGUCCUUCAAACCAUCAGCGCCAGCAAAGGUGUUAUGGGCCCUAUGGUUGCAUCCACUCUGAAGCUGGGUAUAGCCAUUCUCAAUGGAGGAAACUCAACUGUACAGCAGAAAAUGUUGGAUUAUCUAAAGGAUAAGAAGGAUGUGGGUUUCUUCCAAAGUCUGGCUGGUCUAAUGCAGUCCUGCAGUGUUCUGGAUCUGAAUGCAUUUGAGAGGCAGAACAAAGCAGAGGGGCUGGGCAUGGUGACAGAGGAGGGAUCAGUCAUCACUCAUGAGCGUGGUGAGAAGGUCAUGCAGGAUGAUGAGUUCACCUGUGACCUUUUCCGCUUCCUGCAGCUGCUUUGCGAAGGACACAACUCGGAUUUCCAGAACUACUUGAGGACACAAACUGGGAACAAUACAACCGUCAACAUCAUUAUCUCUACUGUUGACUACUUACUCAGAGUUCAGGAGUCUAUCAGUGACUUUUACUGGUAUUAUUCUGGGAAGGAUGUUAUUGAUGAGCAGGGCCAGAGGAAUUUCUCCAAGGCAAUCAAUGUGGCCAAACAGGUGUUCAACACGCUUACAGAGUACAUCCAGGGACCGUGCACAGGCAACCAGCAGAGUCUGGCACACAGUCGCUUGUGGGAUGCUGUGGUUGGCUUCCUGCAUGUCUUUGCUCACAUGCAGAUGAAAUUAUCUCAGGACUCCAGUCAGAUUGAGUUACUAAAAGAACUGAUGGAUCUGCAGAAAGACAUGGUGGUUAUGUUGCUGUCUAUGCUGGAAGGUAAUGUAGUAAAUGGGACAAUUGGCAAACAAAUGGUUGAUAUGUUGGUGGAAUCGUCCAACAACGUGGAGAUGAUCCUCAAGUUCUUUGACAUGUUCCUGAAACUGAAAGACCUGACCUCCUCUGAUGGUUUCAAGGAGUAUGACCCCGAUGGAAAAGGUGUCAUCUCCAAAAGGGACUUCCAUAAAGCCAUGGAGAGCCACAAACACUACACCCAGUCUGAAACGGACUUCCUCCUCUCCUGUGCUGAGACUGAUGAGAAUGAACUUCUGGACUAUGAGGAGUUUGUGAUGCGUUUUCAUGAACCUGCUAAGGACAUUGGCUUCAAUGUGGCAGUUUUGUUGACAAAUCUGUCCGAGCACAUGCCUCAUGACACCCGCCUGCAGACCUUCCUGGAGCUGGCCGAGAGCGUCCUCAACUACUUCCAGCCAUAUCUGGGCCGGAUCGAGAUCAUGGGCAGCGCCAAGCGCAUUGAGCGGGUUUACUUUGAAAUCAGUGAGUCCAGUCGGACACAGUGGGAGAAACCUCAGGUUAAAGAAUCAAAACGCCAGUUCAUCUUCGAUGUGGUGAAUGAAGGUGGAGAGAAAGAGAAGAUGGAGCUGUUUGUGAAUUUCUGUGAGGACACCAUCUUUGAAAUGCAGCUAGCAGCGCAGAUGUCCGAUGCUGGCGAGCGCUCAGCUGUGAAAGAGGAGAGUGAGCGAGAGAAAUGUGACGAGGAAAACCCUGACAUGGGCUUCUUCUCUAUGUCUACUGUGCGCUUGGCUUUAAUCGCCCUUCGUUAUAACGUCAUGUUGCUCAUAAAGGUGCUGUCAAUGAAGAGCCUAAAGAAACAAAUGAAGAAGAUCAAGAACAUGACACUGAAAGACCUGGUGACCACUCUGGUGUCUUUCUACUGGUCAGUGCUGCUGGGUCUCCUCCAUGUGACCUUCAGUGUGGCUCGAGGAUUUUGCAGAAUCUUCUACAAUACCUUCAUGGGAGGGAAUUUAGUAGAGGGAGCCAAAGCUGUCAAGGUGUCAGAACUGCUGGCCACCAUGCCUGAUCCCACCCAGGACGAGGUCCGCGGUGAAGGAGACGAGAGAGAGAAGAGGCUGUCUGAGCGCAGCUCCCCGAAGGAGGACCUGGCUGAUCUAGCAGUUAAUACCAGUGAAACUGAGCUGCUGUCUGACAUUUUUGGUCUUGACUUGAGAAGAGAGGGGGGACAGUACAAAAUCACCCCCCAUAACCCCAACGCUACCCUCACAGAGCUCCUCAACUCCCCAGUGCCCCCCUCAGCGCCGCCCCCUGCUCCACAGCCAGAACUCAAACAAAGACAUCAGUCAAAGAGUGGUUCCUCUGAAAAGAAGGAAGAAAUACCAGAAGCUGAAGUUGAACCUGAAAAAAUGUCAGAAGAGGAACAUGUGGUGAAGCAAGAGAAACAAGUGAAGAAUGAGAAGAUGAAAUCAAAAGUGAGAAAACAUCACAACUCAAAGUCUGAUGAACCAGAUCUGCAGGAGUCGGCUGUCCUGAAGAAAAUCCUGGCCUACCAGAGGAAACUGCUGAACUACUUUGCCAGAAACUUCUACAACAUGAGGAUGCUGGCCCUGCUUGUUGCAUUUGCAAUUAAUUUUAUACUUCUAUUCUAUAAGGUUUCUACUUCUUCCUCCCUGGUGGAAGAGAAGGAAGCUGCUCACAGCAGCAGCCAUGCAGACAGCAGUGUCCAGUGGGAUCCACUGCUUGGAGAAAGGCUGGAAUCGAACGAACGGGUGUCGGAUGAGACGGGCGAGCCUCUGAAGCCGGUCUCAGUGCGUUUUGUUCUGGAGGAAAGCAGCGGAUACAUGGAGCCCAUGUUGCGGAUCCUAGCUGUUCUCCACACCGUCAUUUCUUUCUUCUGCAUCAUCGGAUACUACUGUCUGAAGGUUCCACUGGUAAUCUUCAAACGUGAAAAGGAAGUGGCCAGGAAGCUUGAAUUUGAUGGUCUUUACAUCACCGAGCAACCAUCUGAGGACGACAUUAAAGGACAGUGGGACAGACUUGUGAUCAACACUCAAUCCUUCCCCAACAACUACUGGGAUAAGUUUGUCAAGAGGAAGGUGAUGGAUAAGUAUGGGGAGUUUUAUGGCCAUGACCGCAUCAGUGAGCUGCUGGGGUUGGACAAGGCUGCUCUGGAUUUCAGUGAUGCUCACAAGAAAAGAAAACCCAGGAAAGACAGUUCACUGGCUGCUGUGCUCAACUCCAUCGAUGUGAAGUAUCAGAUCUGGAAGCUUGGGGUUGUUUUUACUGAUAAUUCCUUCCUGUAUCUGGCCUGGUACAUGACCAUGUCCAUCCUGGGUCACUAUAACAACUUCUUCUUUGCUGCCCAUCUGCUGGACAUUGCUAUGGGCUUCAAGACCCUGCGGACCAUCCUGUCUUCAGUCACACAUAAUGGCAAACAGCUUGUGCUCACUGUCGGUCUGUUAGCAGUGGUGGUUUACCUCUACACAGUGGUUGCCUUCAACUUCUUUAGAAAGUUUUACAACAAAAGUGAAGAUGGAGAACUUCCAGACAUGAAGUGUGAUGACAUGUUGACAUGUUACAUGUUUCACAUGUAUGUGGGCGUUCGAGCAGGCGGAGGGAUUGGCGACCAAAUUGAGGAUCCUGCGGGCGAUGAGUACGAGAUCUACCGGAUCAUCUUUGACAUUACAUUCUUCUUCUUUGUCAUUGUAAUCCUGCUGGCCAUCAUACAGGGUUUGAUCAUUGAUGCUUUUGGUGAACUGAGAGACCAGCAGGAACAAGUCAAAGAAGACAUGGAGACCAAAUGUUUUAUCUGUGGAAUAGGAAAUGAGUAUUUUGACACAGUACCACAUGGGUUUGAAACUCACACACUACAAGAGCACAACUUAGCCAACUACUUAUUCUUUUUGAUGUAUCUGAUAAACAAAGAUGAAACUGAGCACACAGGCCAGGAGUCUUAUGUAUGGAAGAUGUACCAGGAGCGCUGCUGGGAGUUUUUUCCUGCUGGUGACUGUUUCCGGAAACAGUAUGAGGAUCAACUGAACUGAGCUCAGUCUGUCCUUCAUCGUGGCCGUCUGUUUGCUCUCUGAGAAGCAGCCAAACAACUCUGUCCUCUCUGUUCCACUUGUCAGUCCAAGCGGAUCCAGAUGUUCUUCCCUUCCUCAAGCCAUCCUUAUUUAGACAGUCAGCCUGCUAACUCUGACCUAACCUUCAGCCCACUUUGUUUGAAUGCUUCUUGUACAUAAACAAUAUAAGAUUCUAAUAUGUACCAUAUGUGACUGAUGGCAUGUCAAGAUUUUUAUCUCAAGUGAUCUUUUUGUUUUGUUGUUGUUUGUUUCACUUUAUUCUACGUACAGGACAUGUUAACAUGCAAAAAAUAGAGCAAAGAAAUCUAAAAGGAUGUGAAAAAGCCUGAAAGCCAUUCAGAGCAAAAAAACUGUUCCACAUGUUCAUGUUAGCUGUAGACCCAGGAGGUAAAAACACAACACAGUUCACUCACUCACUCAUUCAUUUCCAGCAGAACAAAGCAGCAGCUGCCAUGUUGAUGUGACAACUGUGUUGCACAUCUGAGAGAGUGAAUGCUUCAUUCAAGCACAGUGCAGUCUGAGGAGAAACUGGGUGCUGCUGAUGAAAGCAGAGCCUUCUGGUUGAUGAAGUUUGCAGAUGUUUGUUCAUAACCAGCCUGUGUACACACACACACACACACACACACACACACACACACACACACACACACACACACACAAUAUAAUAAACAGGUGCCACCUGCUGCUGGAGUAGCUUUAAGAUUUGAUUUUAUUGAGAGGCUUUUAAACUUUAGUUCUUCUUUUUGUUACGCUGUGGAGAAAAAUUCAUGUCAGAGGACAUGUUUGUUUGUUGUGCUGGAUUAAAGUCAGAGUGCAGUCUAGUGUUACUGAAUGCACCACAAUACCUUGAUAAGGAAUGUUUAUCUUGCUUUUCGACAGAGGAUCAAUCAAUUUCUAAAAUUUAGCUGAUGCUGGUUUCAGUAUUUAUAUAUUUUCAUGCAAACAACCAAAUGAACUUGUUUUGGUCACCUUUAUAAAUACAGUUUAUUUUUGGCUUGUCUGGUGGAUAACCUAAGAGCAGACUUGAUGCUUAUGAUUAUCUGGUUUUCUGAGAAAGAAUUGAUGUUAUUGACAGUAUUGAUGGUUUGCUCUAGUGAAGGCGUCACAGAGGGACAGCGUCUCCUGAAAGGCCGUGUAACAGGAAGCCGUGGCUGACCAUCUUCACUGUUCACACAUCCAGUGAUGCAUCGCUCCAAACAAAGCAGUCUCUUUAACAGGGACACCUUCCACAUGUCCCUCUGUUUUAAGGUCUGGCCCUUCAUUCAAAACAGAAUGGAAUAACAGCGUUAGAAUAUGAAAUGAGUUUUGGAUGGGAGCUGUGUUGUUUCAGAGGUCGCUCCAAAGAAACAAAACCCAUCCAGCAAUCAUUAUUCUUUUUUUAUGCUUAGUAAUGCUCUUAUAAAAUACAACAAAAUAUGUUAUUCUUUUCAAGAAAUGUUUAGAAAUAAAGUCAUUGCAUGGAAACUAUUGCAGUCUAAUGAACCUGAGACAAUUUAAGGUCAACUAUAAAUUGCAUAAAACUUUUCAUUAGGAUUAUUUAAAAAGUUUAGUUUUAGGUUUACUGUACAUCUAGAUGUUAAGUAUUUUGACACAUUGCAUCCCUUAAAGAGAAACACCUUAUUUCAUUGUGUAUCUUUUCCUUACUAUAUGCAAUUUAUAAGAGAAAUCUUUAAUGAUGAUUUGGUUCAAGCAAUACCUCUUCAUUGAAUGUACUGGAGGGUCUGUAUAUUGUUAAUGGCAAACAAAGAUAGGACAACACAUUGUUGCUAAAGUUUAUUUCAGUUAAAUAAAUGCACGUAUUUAUUCAUUUAUUCUAUGUUAAUUUGUUUGAAUGUUCCUUUGCCUUAAAGAUGAAGCACAUAGAAGGAAGUAACUGGUCCUUUUCCUGUCUUGACUGAAAACAAUCAAGCUGGUAACUUUGCACUGAACAGGUCAUGGUGGUUUUCUUCUCCUCAUCAAACCAAAUGCACUACGGUCGACCCCUGUCAGGAAGAGUACGCUGUCUGAACACGUAAACCUAAACCAUGUUUAGGUAUUAAAGUGAAGAUGGGAAUCCUCAAGGGCCGGGUUUCCAACAAUCGAGGAUGGAUCCGGUGAAGCAACUUCAGCUUUGAAGCAGUGUUUGCUAGCUUCUGCUACCUCUGUCUUUCUAUCAGCUCUAUCUGAUCUCAAAAUGAUAAUGGAAUCAUUUUUAGUCUUUUGGUUCAUAUGUUGAAGUUGCUUCAUUGUACAGGCCACUAGAGGACUGUUGUUCCACGAAGAGCCAUGUUUACUGGUUACAUUUAGGUUAGUGACACUGCAUGCAUAGUUAGCCUUGCUAACUUGACCAGCAAAAAAGGGUGAAAGAGGCAGCCAACAUGUGUAAUGUGCGUGUGUGUGUGUGUGUGUGUGUGUGUUUCCAUGUUGUCAUGCCAUGCUGACAUCAUGCCUUUUUUUUCUACUCCUGCAGUACCGCCUCAGACUGUAGAAUUUGGAUCAUGUGAACGUAAACAUUUCAAUAUUUACCAUGAGGAGGCAUGUUUAGUUUGCCUUUCAGUAGUGCAUUAUAUAGACCUUUUGAAUAAAUUAUUGCUACUUUUGACCAAGGGAAAUGUAAAAGAGGGACUGGGUAAAUGAAAUUGCAUGGUCUGGAAAAUAAAUCUUUAUUUAUACA